AUGCCUUCGAAAGAAAGUGUGUUGCGAUACGCGAAAUUAACGGAACAUGCCGUCGCUCCAUUCAAAGGUUCGGAGUUCGCUGCUGGUUUCGACCUUUCGAGUGCCUACGAGUACACGAUCGAGCCUCUGAUUGAAGUGCCUGUCUUUGUUGAAGGAAAAGUCACCAUGAGCUGGCAUUUGGUGGGCUCGCCUCCAUCAAAUUUCGUGUCCCUGAUUAAAGAUUUUUUCGCACGAAUGUUCAUUAUGCAGCCGGCAUAA